GGUUUCUCUUUGGUAUAUGUAUGUGUGCGUGAUGGCGCAUGUCAAAUCGCGUGUUAGCUGUCAGCUUAUCUGGCCGUAAAGAAGGACUCCUUGCGAUUUUGAAAUGACAUACGCGAGCUGUCCACGAAGAUAAAGUACUCGGCAUCCGGGAUCAUUUCGCCUUUACUUUACCUGGUGCCGCAGUGAUGGCCGAAUCGAACGGGCCGAUUCUUCACGUUAUCGUCGUCGGGUUUCAUCACAAGAAGGGUUGCCAGGUAGAAUAUUCGUUUCCACCCUUGGUACCUGGUGCGCCCAACGAGUGCCCUUUAGGAUGGAAGUACUUACCCACCCUCGCACUGCCCGACGGCUCGCAUAAUUACGACGAAGACACGGUCUAUUUUCACUUGCCCAGUCUCAAUGAUCCGAAACGCACAAUAUACGGCAUCUCGUGCUUCAGACAAAUACCAGUCGAGAAAUUAAAGAAUCGUACAUCCGACAUAACCAGAGGCACUGUUCAGAAGUCGGUUUGCGUGCUGAGCACUCUACCUCUGUACGGGCACAUUCAAGUGAAAAUGGCCCUAAUAACGCAUGCUUACUUUGAGGAAGGCGAUUUCAGCAAAGUGUCCUUGUUGGAAGAUACCUAUCAUCAUCUGAAUUCAUGUAUGAGUGGUGACAGUCAGAUACCACCGCAGAUAUUUGUCGGCUUGUCUGCAAGAGACUUUAUACUACAAUUUCGUCAUAAGGUAUUGCUCUUGUUCAAGUUACUUUUACUUGAGAAGAGAAUAGUCUUCUAUCAAUCACCGGUGCAGCCACUGUGUGCGACAAUAUUAACUCUACUGUCGCUGUAUCCCGGUAUGAUAGAGCAUGGUCUUCAGCAGGCUGCAUGUGUCAGACCAUCCAGGCCAAUGUCGCCAAUUCCGACCUUUGACGAGGAGGAGAUCUCGAUGAACAAUGUCGACUCCAACCUGUCCGCUCGUAUCGUUCAGAACAACACGUCGGAAACGGAACGCGAGCAGUGCAAUGACAACAGCAAUCGAAAUUCUUUGUGCAUCAACGACAACAAGACCAUUGAGUCUAUGGAGGGCAAAUGUAUGGACGGCCUGCGACAUGUAACUCUGCAGAAGAACAACAACGACAACGAGAAUUUAAAUAUAAAGGUUAUCGAAAUUGAAUCGGCACAAGAGUGCACCGAGUCUUACUUGGAGGACAGCAACUCCAAGUACUCGCCGAAGCCGAACGACAACGUCCACAGGGUACACAGUGUGAACGCCAUCACAUUGGGCACAGGCGACACAGAUAACAGUUUACCGCGCGACACGAGCAACGACGCGCUCUCUGACGCGAGGUUAACGAACAACAUCACGCAAAUCGCGCACAUCAAUCCGGAACUCUGUGGUCUACCUUUGGAAUUAUUUACGAAGGGAUAUCUCUGUUUGCCGUAUCUGUCCUUGCCCUAUCUGGAUCUCUUGGGAGAUGUCAAUGUUAGAGGUUACAUAGUAGGCGCCACGAAUGUGCUGUUCAAGCAGAAGAAGCAGCUCAUCGACGUGCUUGUUGAGGCCGAGAACACGCGGAUAGAGGCAACCGAUCCCGAUCUGAGGCGGCAGCUGCACCUCACCACGGAGGACCUGAGAUUCGCCGAUUACGUGGUGAGGCAUGUGGCCGAGCCUCGGAAGGAUAUCUUCCUGGAUGGGGUGGGAUGGGAAGGUGGCGACGAGUGGAUCAGAACGCAAUUUCGCGUUUACCUGUUGAGCAUGUUGCGCACUUCGAUGCAACAGGACACCCGGCAGUCGGAUCACUACAAUGCGGCCUUUGUGGCUGCGUGGCGCACGACAAACAACUACAAGGCGUGGUGCAACGCCAGCAAGUCGGAGAUACAGAAUAUCGAGCCCGGCCAUCCCUUUGCCGGCCAAUUGUCGGUGCAGGACAUGAAAUUACGACUGUCGCACACGAUGCAGAAUACAGAGAGUGGUAGAAAGUUGAACCAGGCAAUGGCGUCGACCGGACGCGCGGUGGCUACCACUGGAAAAGCCGUAGGGGGAGCGCUGUCGCAAGCGAAAGGAGCGUUCUCUAACUGGUGGAGCACGCUGACGACGGUUCAGCCAGUCGAUGAAACGAAGAUCGACAAUCAAACGACAAACAUUCAUCACACCGUCACAUCCCACGUUACGGACAAAGAGUCCGUAGAAGAUGAGGGGAUAAACGUCUCAGCUACUCAUAACACGGACAUUACCAUACAAGACGCCACCACCAUCACCACAACCACCGCCGCUGUCACCUCCACCAUCACUACCACCACCACUACCAUCACCAGUGGAGAAUAUAAUAUGGCGUAAAGAUACGCGAAAAGCUACAAGCAAGAAGGAGAUUGUCAAGAGACGCACGUAUAAUGCGAUGUGCUCGUUAAACGGCCGAAUUUUUUAGAGCACCUUAAUUUUUAACGAGAGGAAAUACAUGACACGAGACACUCAGAAACUACGUACGUACAAUAGAAUUAUACUAAUGUGUGCUGCACAGCUUCACACAUGAGAGAAGAUUCGUCGAAUCCGCAGGGUGCUGAGCAAACGCUGAAAAUUACAGGCUGACGUAUCGCUGAUUUAAGUGUAAGUUAAUAUUCUAUAUUUCUUGCCGGAUAGCUCUGUACAUAUCAUUUCUAUAUGUCGUGUGAGAAAUAUGUGAUAUCAGUUCUUAUUACACACAAAAGACACGUAACACAAACGGCCAUGGCGAUUGUUCCUCCCGCUUGACUCUCUCAUAUCACGAUGAGGUCAUUCCUUAUAAAUAUCUCAAUUAAUUUUAACGUUUCCUAUUAAUAAUGUAGAGUAUUAGUACUUUCUUGUUUAGAAAGAGUAUCCUUUGUACAUAAACAAUGAAAUGACGCGACUUUUUAUAUUUAUGCGCACACUUACGCGAUUAUUAUUAUUAUUAUAGUAUAUUUUCUCCGGCUUGGCGGAUUAUUUUUAUUUAAUUUAUUGCUCAGAAAUCAGGGAGGAAAGUAAGGAAAAAGGGAGGAUAUAUCCUCCUUUGAGCGUAUAAGAAAAUGUAAGAAGAAUGGCAUAUUUGACAUACAUGCCAAAAUAUAUGUUAUCUCAGUCGUAUAAAAAAUUUAUAAUAUACAUAUAUAUGUGUGUGUAUAUACAUGUAUAUAUAUACACAUACAUAUAUAUAUAUUUACAGGGUUUCUCUCUCAGUAUUUUGUAUUAUUGCGAAUACAGUAGAUCUAUUAUACGUAGAAGACACGAAAGAGAUUCGGCACUAAGACAAACCGACGAGUGUCCGAAUGCAGCAUGUGAGCAUUGUACAUUGUUCCAUAAUUCAUUUCACUAAUCGUGUUAUUGACAAUAUCGCUACCUCCAUUUAUUGUCGAGAUUACACCGAGCGCGAUUAGUUCCGUGUGUGACGUGGUCCUUGCAGUUGUCGAUAUAUCAGUAACAAUAGAUUUCAGCCGCGAUAGAUAGUCAUUAGAGUCUGACUCAUUGUAUCCCUGUAUUCGUCGGAGGAAAUCUUUUAGCACUGCGGAGAUCGUGAUGCAGAUGAUCAUUCGUGGAAAGAGAAGGAGCUGCUGUCAGUCUUUGGCGGAAUUACGUUUCUAAGCUUAGUGCACGUGGUAGGUCAUUUAUAAUGCUACUAGCGUAGCGCCGUUGUGCUAAUAUACGUGUACUCGAUUAAGGUAAGGAGUCUUUUCUUCGCUGCAAUAUUCGUAGGGUAAAACGCGAGGAGCAUUUUUCUAUGAGGGGACUUUGUAGUGCAAUUACUUGUUUACAUUAAGAGAGCAACACGAUACUUAAUACUCAUUUGGUUCUCAUACACGAUACACUCUCUCGUGCUGUAUGUGUGAGUAUAUGUAUAAAACACGUAUCGAAUGUUUAAAACACUUUCCGUCAAACGCCCACAUUUGGCACCGAAUAAUGUUCUCUCUCGCAGAAUGCACAAAUGCAUCCUUGAAGAGAGUGUAAAUUUUUAACCUGAUUUCCAAAUUGGAAAUUUGAAUUUUCAUCCACUGAAAAAUUAUGUCAGAAGUUUGAACACAACUGUUUGUAUAGCCGACACAAUGUGUAUCGGUUAAACGAGAAUACGAUCAAGCGAAUUGUGCAUAUGUGCGUGUAUGUGUGUGUGUGUCGCUUAAUAGUUAUUUAAUAAAGGCAACACGUACGUAGAAAUUGAUGUGAGCUGUUUAUUUCGGAAGCGAUCGAGUGUGCCUGAAGCGCAUCGAUUAGGCACAUCGCUGACAUAUCUCACUUGGAUUUGUGUUCAAUGUUCCGACGACGUAACGUAAUAAUAUUGUUUUCAGAAUAAACGGUUCACAUGUGCCGGAAAGCGCGCUUAGGAUUUAAGCUAUUGUUGUAAGUACGUCGUAUUUGUGAUAUUUAGUUCGUUUAGAGAGAACCUGUGCAGAUCGAUGCAUCCACCAUUGGGAUACAUUUUUUAUUUUGUAAAAGCGCGGUGUGCCAAAUGUGGAACGCAACAUGCCUUCUUGAAGGAGAAGAAGGAGGCUCGGACGAUCUACACGAAUGAAAACGCGAUAAUUUGCAGUCAAAACGCAACGUGAUAAGUUUAAGGACAACGACUAAGUUGCUAGUCAACGGGAUGCGCAUCAAACGCUCUCCACUUGUUUAAAAUAAAUCUUGCGACCGUUCGCCACUAAAAAUUGAGCCUUCUUUGAAAAAGAAUAAGCACUUUGCUCUACUCUUAAAUUUUAAAUUCUUUCGCUUUCGGUUAUUUUGCUCAAGUAAACUAUCUAAAAAAAUCGUUACGUAAAUUCUAUAUGACACACAUUUACGCGUGAAAGUACACGUGGAUGUUUUUCCGAGACUGCUUAUACUUACGUCAUGUACAUAUGUCCUAUUUAUUAAGAGAAAAAAGAUAUUUUCUUUUUUCCAUCGGUUGCCAUUAAGUUAUCGAUAUAUUUAUGUAUUUUUUGGUUCAUCUUAUAAGAAAACUAAUUAGCUACCGGGAUAAGUUGGCAAAAUCGAUUACUUCUAUUGUUUUUUUAAUAGAUUUCAGAAUCAAUCCAACAAAGAUUUCAAAACCAUCUUUAGUAUGUUUAAAAAUCUUACUUGCUUAACUCAGUAACUUAUUAGAAAAUAGCAGGAAUAAUCUACUUUGCCAACUUACCCCGGUAGCCAACUAGCCCCGGUCGUCUCCCCUAUACAUUAUGUAUUUCCUUCAAAGUUUUGCCGCCGGUUCCACACGAUUAAGCAAAAAAUUCCAUCUCGUUUAUCGGCUAUUAUUGGAACCGGGCAUAGCAUAACAAAAAAAUAACAGGAUAGCGAAACGAUUAAACGAUCCUUGCAUGGCUUUAGAUAUUAUAUUAUAGCGAGAGAAAGAGAGAGAAAGUGAUCUGAAAUCUUAAGGCCACUUCCUGUUGGAUAAUUGAAUAUGUUUUCUAUAUUUAUAAUACAAGUUUGUACAGCUUAUACAUGGAGGUGCGUGUAAGUAAAAAGAGAAAGAGAGAGAGAGAGAGAGAGAGAGAGAAAAGAAAGAGACGAGAUGUCGCGACCGAGAAACGAUUUAUUGUACUAUGACUGUAAAGUACCGUCAUUUGUCAAAAUAUACUAAAAAGAAAUAAUAUAUAUCCGA